ACUACGUACGUACGUGUACAAAAUCGGCCAUUUAUGUUUUGCACGCUAAAAAUCAUGCAGUGACACGAAUGAAACUUGUGAACAGCUGGUGAACUUGAAAACGAAAACGAACUCCUAAAUGACUACGAAUUUCACGAGUUUUAGGUGACGGUUGAUAACCCAACAUGGAUGUCCAAAGCGUCGUUCCACCGCACAUUACAAUCCCGGUUUUAGCCGUGAUUGUGCUGGUUUGUCUUGUCUUCAUGUUUGGAUUUCGCAUGACGAGUCCGCAGCCACCGAGUUUCGAUUUUGAUGAUGAAUCCAAUGACAAGAAAUCAAGACGCGGCAGAAAAAGAGUGACCUCGAAGCCAGAGAAAGCAAGUACCAAUGGGUCAGUACCAACACAGAAAGAGAACCGGGAGAAAGUAGCACCAGUCAAGACAGCAUCUCCAAGCAGUAGCAGUAGCAAUGCCUCGCCUAAGAAGGCUAAGCCGGCAGUACCUAAGAUCACGACAAAUAACAGUGCCGCAAAGCAGAAGAAGACCAACGAGGGUGCUGGCAAGCAGCAGCAGAAAGAGGAGCAAGAAGGAGGUGAAGGGUGGAUCACCCCCAUUUCCAAGAAGGAGCGCAAGCAGAACAAGCAGAAUGCAGGCCACAAAGAGGUCACCAGUCAAGGCCCAGCUAGGCUCUCCCCCAGGCCUUACAAGAUGACGGCCUCAUGGGACAGUGCACAGAGCAGCCCCAAAGCCACCGAGCAAGCGGCUGUUGGAGAGUCUAAUAUGACUGCAGAGCAGAAUGCUGCCACCCAGACUGAAGAAGAGACAAAAUCCGUAGAAAAAGUUGAAGCGAAGAAAGCUCCCGAGACUGAAGAAGAAGAGACAAAAUCUGUGGAAAAGGUCGAAGAGAAGAAAACUCCCGAGAUUGAAGAGCAGACGAAAUCUGAGGAAAAGGUAGAAGCGAAGAAAGCUCCGGAGACUCUAGCUGCCGCCCCUCCUGCGGCAGUGGAGUCACCUUCCACCACCAGUAGCAAAAGCUCGAGAAAGAAAAAGAAAGCAGCAGCAGCUGCAGCUGCCCUCGCCGACUUUGCAUCCACGAUACCGUCCGAGAAGCCCGAGGAACCGAGCGUGGCCACUGACGGUGCACAGGAGGUACCGAGUGAGAGUGCAGUGGAACCGACAGAAAGUGGGGAUGCGCCGAUGGAGCCUGAGGGCAAGGCCGAGGAGGUAGAGGAGGAGUUCACAGUCACAAAGUCAAAGAAGAGCAAAAAGAAAAAGGGCAAGGCCCAGACUCCAGCAUCAGCUCCGGCAAGCCCUGCACCAGCACUGCCCUCCAAUUUGCCAGAGGUCCCUGCCAGCCAGCCCCUUGCCACCACACCCAGUGCCAAACCCGCUAGCCCAGUCAAGGAAAAGCAAGGAACGCCUAAGAAGUCUCCAAAGAAAUCUGCCAAGAAAUCAGCAACAAAAGUAGUUCCUGUGGAACCGAUAAAAAGCAGCAAACCCAAUAUAGCAUCUAGUGGUGCACCAUCGGAGCCUGAUACUAAAGCGCCGUCAGAGCCCAAGACAAAAGCACCAGUAGCAGUAGAAACAGUAGAAGAGAGACUGGCUCCCAAACCCAUCUCUAGUCCAGAGCCAGCAAGCACAGCCACACCAGCCAGUGCUGAGGCAAAAUCAGAGGAGAGGAAAGAAGGAGCAACAGGCGGGGAAACUGGAGAUGCCUGGGUAGAAGCCAAGCCGGUCAAGAAGAAGAAGAAGGUCAGAAAGGAUGUCUGACCUUUGACCUUUCAUCUCUGUGAGGCCCUUGACCUCUGUGUGCCUUUUAAAGAGACCUCUGUACCUGGGUCGUGCCUUUCAGAUGGCAGAGAAACCAACAGAGCUGUGCAAGGAUAUGGGAGACAGCAGUGGAUAAAAUGACUUUGACCUAUGACCUUCAUUAUGACAACCAGCACAAUUUCCAAAUUUUUGAAAAUACCCCUGCAAUUGAACAGCGCUCAACUUGUGUAACCAGAAUUUAAAUUCCAAAGUGGUAAUGGCAGAGCUGAACAAGGAUAUGAGAGACAGCAGUGGAUAACAUGACCUUUGACCUUUGAAGUAAGACAACUGGUACAAUUUCCAGUGUAAAAGAAUGCAGCCAUCAAACUGAGAUAGCGAAGUAUAUUAACAUUAUGUGACAAAUCAGAAAUUUGAUUGAAAUGUGGUGAUGGCAGAGCAAUCCACCAAAUGAGACAGCAGUGGAUAACAUGACCUUCGACCUAUGACCUAUGAUCUACAAGUAUGACAACCAGCACAAUUUCCAUUCUUAAAAGAAUGAACAAACGUGGAGGCGUAGUAGAAUUGUAAAACAGAGUAGAAAAUUCCAAAGUGGUUUCCGAAAUUCACAGAGGAGUGCAAGGAUCUAUCCGUAGGAGACAACAGCAGACAGUGAAUACUGAAUAGCACAUCACAUGACCUUAAAGAAUGCUGCAGGCUGAAAAAUUUCCAUUCUUAAAUUAAUCCUGCAAUUGAACAAAGUUUGAUGUUUUUUUUAUAAAGGGUCAUUCCUCAUACUUUGGGUCUACCAAAUGAUCUCCCAGAACUCAUAAAUCUUUAGUCUUUUUAACUUUUUAACACUUUCAGUGAUGGUUGAGGUCAAACUUAGCUCAUUUAAAACACCUGUAAUAUAUUAUUUGUCACGAGAGAACAAUACACCAACAUAACAAUAUACUGGUAGGAUAAGUUUCUGACCACUUAUGCGGUCAAUUAAUGUGACCGCACAAGUGGUCAAGAAUGGAAGUGGUCGAAGGUUAUAUUAGAAUCUACCAGUAUCUUAGUGUCGAGUCAGGUUUCGAUUGCAGUUUUCAGUUGUUAUAUGACAAAUGACUGCUAGUAUUUGAAAUGAAUACCGUGUAACACGAUGCUUUCGCGAAUUGUGAAGGACAGUCAUUUUGGGGCUAAAAGCUUUUGGAAAUCGCAGAAAUUUAGUAUUAUAAUCAUUGAUGAUU